AUGACGCCCGGUUCCACAGCAACGGCAUCUUCUGCCAUCGUGAACCCGCUCGCGGCUCGAGCUGCUCAUCCAGGUACGCCUUCCUCGCAACCCUCGUCCAAGAUCUUCGCUCCUUCACGUUUCCAGGAUGACGACCUCGACGGUGGUGACGAUGGCGACAACGAUGAGGAUGAUGAGGACGGCGAGCUCGAUGGAAGCGAAGCCCAUCACAACAUGAUCAAUGAGUCCACCGUCAAAUCUGGCUACCUCGAGAAGAAGGGUGAAAAGCGCAAGACGUGGAAGAAGAGAUGGUUCGUGCUUCGCUCCUCCAAGCUGGCCUACUACAAGAACGAGAAGGAGUACCAGCUUCUUCGCUUCAUCGAUGUCAGCGACAUCAAGACGGUCGCCUCCGUCGAGCUCAAGAAGAGCGUCAACACUUUCGGCAUCGUCACACCUAAGCGUACCUUCUACGUGCGUGCUGCUUCUCGGGCGGAUAUGGAGUCUUGGAUCGAAAAGCUCAACGAGAUCAUGACGCAGUAUGCCCAGAGCAGCACCAUGACGCAGGAGAUGGCUGCUUUGGAGCUCGGCAACGCUGAGAGCCCGGCACCCUCAUCGACGGUCCCGCAGUCUCAGUAUGGUACUCCAUCGCGUCAGCGUACCAUCUCACAGGAACGCAUGCAGUCUACCUCCUCUUCCCCCAUCAAGAUCGGCAUUCCGGGCCACGGCACUUUUAUGGCCCCGGCACAGCCAAGGCCGAUCCCGGGCUCUGCCGCUUUCAGUCCUCUGACGGCCACCAGUGACAGUGAGACGGGCACAGAUCGAUUCGGACUCAGCUACACCGGCUCCUCCAUCUCUGGUAGCCCGUCGAUGCGAACAGACCCGUCCAACUCGUUCCUGCUGGCUGGGCAAUCGCCUGGGGGCGGUGGUGGCCACAACUCUGGAAGCGAGAUGAGUGACAUGAGCAGUCACCAACCUCGCCCUGCAGGAGGCUUCGGGAACAUUCCACGUCAGCGAAGUGUCAGCUCAAGCCGCAGACUGGCUUUGUUCGCCAGCGGAGCAACCGAUGUGCCUCCGAGCCCAACGGUGCCCCAGGGUAGCGGCGGUGGCAACCAGAUCUUAAGCAGUUCAGACGAGGAGGACGACUGGGACGAAGAGGAGGUAGCUGAUCAGGCUAUGCCACUGCCAGCCCUCGGCACUUCGCAGACAUCCCAGCAAUCGCAACUGCAGCAAUCACAGCAGCCGGGCUCAAAGCCCGCACCGCUCAACAUUUCCUCAUUGCCGGCGACCACGGGAGAACUGCAACGCGAUCCUAAUAAGGUCAUCACGCAGGGCUAUCUGAUGAAGCAAAGCGGACGUCGCAAGGUCUGGCGCAAGCGCUGGUUCGUGUUGACACCAUCGCGCCUGCUCUACUCGCGCAGCCACAUGGACGCAAAAGCACAUCGUCAGAUCCCCAUCUCGUCGAUACUGGAUGCGCUCGAAUACGAGCCCAAGAAGGCGUCGUCCGUCAUUCCCACUUCGCCUGGCAUCGGCUCGCCGACCACGAACCCGUUCGGCUUCGAGAGCAGCGGCGAUCGUGACGGCAAUGCAGCGUUCUCGCCGAGCACGGGAGCUUCUGCAGCCGCACCCGAGAAGCCAGAACGCCGAGGCAGCAUGAUCAACGCCGCCGCCGGCGUUGCCUCGAACAUGACUGCAGGCAUGGUUGGAGGCUCGUCCAAGAAGCGCAAGGAGAAUUGCUUCCAGAUUAUCACUCCCAAGCGCACCUUCAUCCUCUGCGCGCCCGGUGAGGACGAAGAAAUCAAGUGGAUUUCAGCGCUCAAGACGCUCAUUACACGCCAGAGGAACGGUCAGACUCCCGGAGUCAACCCGCCGCUGUCGCCUACGACGUUCAGCCCGAGCACUUCGUUCCCUUUCUUCGCAGCGACGACGGGAGGCAAUGCGACUGCCACACCAGGUGGCUCUAGUGUCACUUCUCCGUCAGUGGCGAGCAAGCUCGCGUCUCCGCAGAGCAAAGCAUCCGUCACUUCGCCGAAUGUCGCCACGCCCGGACCAGAUCAGGCCGAGCCCAAGGUCGCGGGCGGACUCGCGUCGAUGGGCGCCGCUGCCCAGACGCUGUCCAGCACAUCGCUGGCUUCCAACCAGACAGUGCUCUCGACCGCGACUUCAUCCACACAGACGGCGGCGGAUCAGCCUGAAACGCCUACAUCACGGCAAACUUCCCUGCCGCCGUCGGAGGAUGCAGCCCCUUCAACAACGACAGCGACUUGA